AAAUAAAUGUGUUGUACUUUCUUUCUUUUUUCCAUGUAUUUGAAAUCGAGCUGGUAUUCCCGGGUUUUUAACCGUCUGACACGUGUAGACGCUUCAUGUAUGCGUUUCUUUGUCGUAUGUGAACUUGUUACCGUCAUGUCUGUCCCGGUCUUCAGUCUCUUCUUCUCCGCGGUCCUCCUGCAGCUGGCGGGUCUCCAUCCCAUCCUGCCCAACAUCCUGCUCAGGGGCUUCACACACUCGGUCAUCGUAGCUCUGUCCGUCUGCACCGCCGCCGCGUCCGACCGGCCCGACGCCUUUCAGCAGAGGGCGCAAGCAGCCAAAGCCGAUGGUCAGCGCGGCCCGGGGGUCUUCGUAGAGCCGCGUCUUCUGGAGAGUCGCUGCGCCGCCUUCCAGUAUCGAGCCCACGAGUAUUCAGCGGGAGGGGAAGGUCCUCGUCACGGAGCCGCGAAGCUAGCGAUGCCCGGAUCCACGCCGGCCAGCAGCAAGGCUCGGGUGUACACCGAUGUCAACACGCAGAAGAACAGAGAGUACUGGGACUACGACGCACACGUGCCAAACUGGAGCAAUCAAGACAACUAUCAGCUGGUGCGUAAACUGGGCCGAGGGAAGUACAGCGAAGUGUUCGAGGCCAUAAAUGUGACCAACAGCGAGAAGGUGGUGGUGAAAAUCCUCAAGCCCGUCAAGAAGAAGAAGAUCAAACGGGAAAUCAAAAUCCUUGAAAACCUUCGCGGAGGAACCAACAUCAUCCGGCUGGUGGACACGGUCAAAGACCCGGUG